AAAACCAACUAAUUAUCACCAUCGUCUCUUUGCGCAGCUGUUGAUAAAAUUCCGUAAUAUUUAUUUAUUUUUUCUGUAUUAUUGUAUAUCUUUCUGUGCCACCUUCUAAUUAUUACUGAGAGAAAAGAGAACGCCCCGCUCCUCUUUGCUGUCCUUUCUUUUUAACCAACAAACCCUUUUAAAAAUAAUAAUUCAAAAAAUUGUAAACACCCUGAAGAUUCCACUGCUAAAAAGAAAAAAAAUUACUAUUUUUUUAAUUAAAAAAAAAUCUUGAGAUUGACAAGCAGAUCUCACAAACCAAAAUAAAUUAAUAAAUUCACCCAUAUACAAACCAUCUUCCAAAAAAACCCUUUUGAAAGAAAAAAAAAAUUCACCACCCUCUUUUCUCUGUUGAUAGGUUGGAUCAUAGGAAUAGAGACAUACAAAGUUGAAAUAAUUUCUUUUCCGUAUUUGUUAAGUUUAAUUUUAAUUUUUCCCUUUUUUUCAUUGAAAGCUGUAAGUAAAUUGCAAGCUCUUGCCAAGAGGGGGCCAAAGAAGAGAAAGAAAGAAGAAGCUGUCGUAUCUAAAAAAUCAUAUAUGCUGGGUGGAGGUGACACUACUGGUGGCGACGUCGCUGCUGCUGCUGCCGCUGCUGCCGUGGUUACCAGCAGCGGAGCUCGAGAUGGAAGCAGUGAAGCUGCUGCUGCCACCAUGCUUGGCUCCAACGGCAAUAAUAACAAUUCGGGUGAGGAUGAUAGAGGUAGGGUUGAUGAAGGUGACAGUUCUUUGGGAGGCAACCGAUGGCCGAGGCAGGAGACUUUGGCACUCUUGAAAAUAAGGUCCGACAUGGAUGUUACCUUUCGUGACGCUAGCGUUAAGGGUCCAUUAUGGGAAGAGGUUGCCAGGAAACUAGCAGAGCUUGGUUAUCAUCGAAGUGCCAAGAAAUGCAAGGAGAAAUUCGAGAACGUUUACAAGUAUCAUAAGAGAACCAAAGAUGGUCGAACUGCUAAAUCAGAUGGCAAGACUUAUCGGUUUUUUGAUCAAUUAGAAGCCCUCGAAAAUAAUCCUUACAUUCGAUCUCCAGUAGCACCACCACCACCACCAACGCAACUAAAGCCUCAAGGUCAAACGGCAAUGCCAGCAGCUAAUCCUCCGAGUCUGGCUCAUGUCACUGUUCCAUCAACAACACUCGCCAAUUUGCCACAAAACAUUGUACCACCAAAUAUAAACCUUACAGCCCCUUCCUUCCCAUCAAUAAACCCUACAAUUCAACCCCCACCGCCGACAACAAACCCUGUAAUUUCUUCUUUUCCUAACAUUUCAGCAGAUCAAAUGUCGAAUUCGACCUCCUCAUCGACCUCAUCAGAUUUAGAAUUAGAAGGUCGGAAGAAGAGGAAAAGAAAAUGGAAGAAUAUUUUCGAUAGGCUAAUGAAGGAGGUGAUUCAGAAGCAGGAGGUGAUGCAGAAGAAAUUCUUGGAAGCAAUAGAGAAACGUGAGCAUGAAAGAAUGGUCCGUGAAGAAGCUUGGAGGAUGGAGGAAAUGGCAAGAAUAAAUAAAGAACGCGAGAUAUUAGCCCAAGAAAGAUCAAUUGCUGCGGCAAAGGAUGCUGCAGUAAUGGCGUUCUUACAAAAAUUAUCUGAGCAGCAAAAUCCUGGGCAUGCACAAACUAAUCCAAUACCGUCUCAGCAACCGCAACCGCCUACACCACAGCCAGUACCGGCGGUGGCACCGGCAGGGCUGCCAGUAGCUGCAGCAGUGUCAUCGCCUGCUCCACCACUAGUACCGCUGCCGGUGGUGAACUUGGAUGUGUCAAAGACUGAAAAUGGCGAUCAAAGUCACACACCAAGCUCUUCAAGAUGGCCUAAAGUUGAGAUUGAAGCAUUGAUUAAGCUAAGGACUAGUCUUGACUCUAAAUACCAAGAUAGUGGUCCCAAAGGACCAUUAUGGGAGGAGAUAUCAUCUGCAAUGAAAAAGCUUGGCUACAAUCGCAACGCCAAAAGAUGCAAAGAGAAAUGGGAGAACAUAAAUAAGUACUUCAAGAAGGUUAAAGAAAGCAACAAGAAAAGGCCCGAGGAUUCAAAGACAUGUCCCUACUUUCACCAACUUGAUGCUUUAUAUAGAGAAAAGAACAAACAUGACAGCUCCUCCAAUCAAUUAAAACCCGAAAACUCAGUCCCAUUGAUGGUGCGCCCAGAGCAGCAAUGGCCCCCUCCUCCUCCGGAGCCCGCUCACCACAAACAGGAUCAUGUAAUGGAAGACAUGGAAAGCGAUCAAAAUCGAGACGAAGACGACAAGGACGGCGAUGAUGAGGAGGAAGAUGAAGGGGAUGGCUAUGAAAUUGUAGCCAGCAAAACGGUUUCAAUGGGCACAGGUGGAUGAUAUCAGUGUCAGAAACAAACCAGCUAGCACUUUCAAAUUUCAUGGGCCAGGAGUCAGGCAGAUAAAUGUCAAGAAGCAAUUCUUUUGAGUUGAUGUUCUUGCAGCUAUCAGCCCGGUAAACGGGUCAGGAAUAUCCUGCAAAGGUGCAUUGGAGCGGAAGCAUUUGAAUUGAAUUUUUAUAGGUGAGUAAACAUUGGUGGGGUUGUAGCAUAUCGUCAGUGGAAUUUGUAUGUUUAUUUUCAUUAUUAUUUAUUUUUUUGGCUAAAUAAAUACGUUGAGACCGAGGGUAGAUCAGAUUGAGAGGUUCAGAAUCUCAUUCCACAUAAUAAGCAGGAAAAAAAGAGACUAGUGCAGUAAACUUUUUUUUUUUUUUUUUUUUGUGUUCACUGCUCUUGUUCACGCUGCUUGUAAACGUGGGUAAUUUCUAGCAUAUGCUUUUUGUGGUUUCUGUUUUGCCUUCCAAGUUUUCACCAUGUCAGUUGGACAAAAUAGAGUUGGCAUUUCGGGUCUACGAUCAAGAAAAAUUAGA